AUGGGGCCAUUAUUGCGAGACCUGCCAUCAUCCAUGUUGAAGAUGCUCAAACCAGAUGAAGCCGAGGAAGCUGUCAAGAUACUAAGAAAAGAAGGAGAUGUUCCCAAAUCUAAGAAACGAAUUCUCAUAAAACAGCUUAUGAGUGGAGGAAACAAUUCGGAACUUCGAAUCAGAGAAUUUGGCGAUUUCGUAUCGGAGUUCCCUAUUAGACAGUUGAAGAAGAUAAACAACGUUGAGGAAAUCCUACCUGUCGAUAGCUCGAAUAACUCCACUGAUAGCGAUAAUGAAACGGACGCAGGAGCGCCUCAUUGGCGGGCUGUGCAGGCUAGAGCUCUGCUCGGUGACAUCGUCAUGAAGCAAGAGAACUGGGGACCAGUGUCGGAGUUGUCUGGAAAUUGGGAACUAAAAAACAUAAAGAAACUUGGAAGGUUGGCAUUGGGACUGAAAAGAUCGGAUAUUGAGAAACUCAGUAUUGAUUCAUUCACAGAUUUUGUUGCGGAAUUCAGUCAGAUUUCCAAUUGGACGCUUGGUCAGGCUAAGAUCAUAGCAAAGAGAUUUAUUAAAGCCCAUCGAGACAAUGACAUGACUGUCACAGAUAUGGCGUCGCUUGGAGAUUUUGUGAUUCAUAUCAUUGAUGAACUCUUUGCCAGUCUCUCUGAGGGGACACUGAGAGAGGCAGCGAGGGUCAUAGGAACUAGCCGGCAGUCGCGAAGAUUACCGAAACCCGCUCGUCGAAGAAAAGCUCAAAUUGUUUUAGCUAUUUUGGGUAAAAAGGCAUCUACUAUAAAUAGCGAGGAAUUAGAAGAACUUGGUUACUUAGUCAGUGGUUUCACACCAGAUGAGAUAAAACAGAUUGAGCCGACUGUUUUCAUCGAUGCCGUAGCUACACUGGGCGAUAUAGAAGAGCUGGAUGAAGAAACCAGUAUUGCACUUGCAAAUAAAGCUGUGGAGGUUUUUGGCGGUGCAGAUCAGUUCGACGGGGAUGUACUUCAUGAUUUGGGGCAUAUCGUGGAAGGACUGGACGGCAGCGAUAUCGCAAAAAUCCCAGCGAAUGUGGUUCAGGAAAACAUUCAUGUUUUUGCUGAAGCUGAUCUGGAUUCCCAGAAAGCUGCUGCUGUCUUGGAGAAAACAGAGUCGGCAAGCCGUAAACGACGUGCAGUAGAUAUGUCCUCGAAGACUGCUUCAGAACUGAUUGCAAUGGGGUCCACUUUGCUCGCUUUAACUCCAAACGAGAUUCUUUCCAUCGCCAACGACACUUUCUUGGACGCAGUUGCUGAGAUAAGCGAGAUAAAAGGAUUCAGUACCGAUCAGCUUCAAGCCUGGGCCAGCAAAGCUACUUGGGCUAUGGGUACCCCCUCUCAGAUGACAGAGGACCAGUUACUGACGCUGAAUGAAUUCGCAAAGGGCUUCAGCUCAGAUGAGCUCAGCCAAAUGUCAUUCACAUCAAACGACGUGAUAGAAAGUUUUGGAAAUGUCCGCGGUUAUACGUCGGAACAAGUUGCAAAACUUUGGGAAACAAUCAAGGGAGGAAAAUCGAUGGCUUCAUUCACUGGAGAUGAUCUUGUUGCAUUGGGAGUGAUUGCAAGUGGUAUGACGAGCGUUGAAAUAAAAGAUUUAGAUGUUGUUGCUUACCAGGAUGCAGCCUUGGAACUGGGGCAGUUGGAUGAAUGGUCAACAGAACAGUUGGUGGCAAUCAAGGAGAAGGCAGUAGCCUCAUUUGGUGCGACAUCGUCGUGGACACCAACUGAAAUAUCCCAGGUCGGCGCUGUCAUAGGGAGCUUCACAGCCGAUGAAAUCAAAAGCAUUACGGCUGAUCAACUCGACGCAAUCACUGCAGCCUCACUGAAACACAUUCCACCCGAGAUUUUCAAGGAGUUCUCGGUAGAACAACUGACCGCGAUGAGUGGGGAGCAAGUAGCCGCGAUUAGCGACGAACAGAAGGCGGGACUUACGUCAUCCCAGAGGAACGUGAUCAAUGCAAUAGAAAACGCUACACUGGGGUACACUUCCGGCUCCUCAUCAGUGAAAUGGAGCAUCAUUAUUACUGUUACGUUUCUUGUUAGUCAGUUUAUUCGACAGUUCGUGUAG